GUUCCAGAAGUUGCGGUGGCACCUUUGAGGAGUCACGGCAGCAAGCGUCUGUGCUCUUCUUCAGGAUCAGUGGCGGAAACGGACUCCGUACCGUUGAACUCACGCAGUGUAUUAAUAACACGACAAGACGCGCUCCAUAUUGUGAGCGAACCAAGGGGGUCGAGACUGAGGGGGUUGAGUGCCUUGCUCAAGGACACCUCGCCAGUAGCCUGGAAGCAGACUAUCUUGUUGUAAAACCUCUGACUUGGCUUCUGAGGGCGCUUCACUGCAACCUGGGUUACAGUGACCUUCAGGAUGCGGUUGGUGUGUAUUUUGGGUCUCCUUGUGGCUCUGCUGCAUCUGUCCACGUCUUUGCUGCUGGGGGCCUUCAAUAUCAAGUCAUUUGGGGACAAGAAAGCUUCCAAUACAACCUUGAUGAAUAUCAUCAGCAAGAUUGUCCACCGCUAUGACAUCGUUCUGAUCCAGGAGGUCAGAGACAAUGAUCUCUCAGCCACCAAAAAACUCAUGCACCAUGUCAACAAAGGUUGUCCUCAAUUUAGGUACAAGCACAUUGUCAGCGAGCCUCUAGGUCGCAGUUCCUACAAGGAGCGAUACCUCUUCCUAUACAGGGAGCAGAUAGUGUCUGUGGCCAAAAGCUACACUUACGAUGAUGGCUGCGAGCCGUGUGGGACCGAUACCUUCAUCAGGGAGCCCUUUGUUGUCAUGUUCGCCUCCAAUGACACUGCUGUGCACAACUUUGUCCUGAUCCCACAACACACUUCCCCUAACUACGCUGUGCAGGAAGUGGACGAGCUUUACGAUGUGGUGACCGACGUCCGCUCCAGAUGGGGCACCAAUGAUAUCAUUGUCCUGGGAGACUUCAACACAGACUGCAGCUACGUCACAGGGUCAGAGUGGGAUCACAUCCGACUCUUCACGGACAAGAGCUUCCAUUGGCUGAUCCCGAAUGAGGCUGACACCACAGUGUCUCACACCAACUGUGCAUAUGACAGGAUAGUGGUGACUGAUGACAUGAUGAGAGGAGUAGUGCACCACAGUGCUGGAGUAUACAACUACAUGGUGGACAUGGACCUCAGCUACAGCAUGGCUAUGGCUGUCAGUGACCAUUUCCCUGUGGAGGUGACGCUACUUGGCUGAACCAUCAGCAUCAGUCUUGAUAGCGUUUGCGAUUGAGUUUAAUCUGAACAUCAUCACAAAUUACAAAACAAUAAAAUUCAAUCAGUUCAGUGCACAUUUUGCAGCAGAUUCCACACUCCUGUCUUCCAUAGGAUCUGUGACUUCUUAUAAUAAAUCCCUAAAAAUAGCAGAGUACUCAUCAUAUAGGUCAAGGGUGUCCAAAAUGCACUUUUAUUAAUGAGAUAUAUCAUUAGAUAUGACACUAAUUUGCUUUGUCACCUACAACACAAACCUAAGAUGGGGAUGUUCAGAUAGUUUAGCAUAUAUUGUCCUACACUGGAUGUGUGUUGUGUUUUUAGCAAAAUGUAUCAAAGAAUAGAGGAUCUUUGGCCAGCAUUUCUGCAGUAGACUCCUAAGUACAGCAAGGCACUCCUCACUCUAUCGUGGUUUUUCAAAAAUGAAUAAGUGACCACUGUUUCGUGGUGGACUACGGUGUAUUAUUAGUAAAAAAAAAAAAAAAAAAAAAAGCAUACUUAAGCAAAUGUUAUGUAUUUUUGGCCUAAAUUAAGCAUUUUCAAUGAUAAAAAUGUUAAUGAACUAAAAUACAAAUACAGUUUAAGGCAAUACAAGACAUUGAUGAACUGUCGUCUACACUGGCCACUUGGUUUCACUAGUAACACACACCAGACAAUCACCAACAACAGGCUUUUGUUUUAUAAUUCCCUAUCUCACAACAGGCACAAUAAUAACAUAAUAAUAAUAAUGGUCAUCAUCAUCAUCAUAACAACACAGACUGCUGCUAAAACUGAAAUCAGAAUCCCCAACAUCGCUUCCUGUCCACACAUCCAGAAGACAUUUAUUAAAACACACACAACAAAGUCCUGUUUAUGUUUGAAAUGGCUUAUUUUCUCUGAUUACAGUAUAUCUACUAUAUUUGGCAUUGCGAGUGUCAAGCUGAGUAUAGGGGUGUUAUUGCUUGUACGCCCUUAAAAAUCGCAUGCAUCUGUCACAUAGAUAAUCUUUGACUAGCGUUAAUAAUAUACUAGUAGUGCUUCAUGCGUCAGUGGAAAAAAAGUUCAGAUCAGGUGAAAAUUUUCGCAGUGUCACAGGUCAGGAAAACAUCUUAAGUCCAAUAAGGAAAUGUAGGCAGAGUUGAUAGAAUCC